GCCGGGAUUGAAGUGGAAUAUCAUCAACAUUCGAGUGCCAGCUGACUUGAUCCGACUUGAUCUUCACCUGAAACACUCCUCUCUAUUCAAAAAUAAAGUAGAAAAUGAAGUUAUUCUGCACCUUUGGUUUGAUGGCAGUUGCCAUUAUUGGAACUUGUUCCGCUCUGCUAGCGCACAACAAACUCGGCGAUGUUAUUAUGGAGAACGAGCAAGUACUAGACCCUGAUGGACCAAUGAUUCUGCGCUGGACGAUCAUCAACGAAACAAGCGAAAUCGAGAUGGAACUACAAACCAACUGUACCGGUUGGAUGGGUUUUGUAUUUGGAAAUGGCAUUGGUCAACCAGGAGCCAUUGGCGACGGAGUUAUUGGUGGAUACAAUGACGAACUCGGUCUGGGUUACAUUGAAGACAGAUGGCUCGAUAUUAGUGUUGCAUCGGAAAUCAAACCGGGGGGCGGUGAAUUUGAUGAUAAUGUCAACGUCGUUUUGGUGAGUGCAACUUACGAAGAACCAUGGAGCAUUAUUCGCUUCCGACGCAACAUCGACACCGGAGAUUCGCAAGAUGUUGUCAUCAGGCCUGGGCCAAUGUUAGUCGUCUGGACUUAUGCCGAUUCUGAUAACACGUCGAUUCCUCAUGACCCAGAUACGUCAGGCGCUUCCUACGUGACAUUCAUCGCUCAGUGAAGUGUUUAACGAGUAGAUCAAGCUACGUAUUAACGUAUAUGGCCUUUGCAGGGCCAACAGGAAAUAACGAUAUGCAUCAAUGGGUUAAAUUGGGGGUUGAUUGGGGCUUAACUAGGCUAGAUCUGAUUUAUUUCUUCCAUCCUGUGCUACUUCUAUCUAUCUGUGAAAGUAAAUGCAAAUAUAUGCUGCAUAUUGAUUGAGAAUUU